AACUAAAUGUUAUGGUGGAUUUUGGGGCGAUUUCCCACAUGUUUCAAGGUUUCUUAUAAAUUUAACAGAUCAAAGACCAUAAUAGCAAACAUAUUACAAUAUCGAACGUACGUUUGUCUAACAACUCCUCAUAGAAUUUGUCCCACAGGAUUAAGAUGUCAUCCAGCGACAGUGACUCUGAUCGAGAUGACCACACAGUCAACAAGAGCCUGGCCGAUGCUAGUGGGGACAAAUCUUCAAAAGCAGUUUCAGUUAAAUGGACAAAAGAAAACAACCGUAAACUUGUGAUGGCGAUUGGAGCAACAUGCAACAUCAAAGACUCCUUCUGCCUCCCAUUUCAACAAGUUGAACCAGAUUUUGACCAGGCAGCUGAGGACUUAGAACUGUCUGUUGAUGUUGUUAAGUCAAGAUGGCAAAAUAUGUUGAAACAGGCAAGGCAGUACAGGACUAUGACAGAGAUCAUUGAAGAUUUGAUGGUCCAACACCAUGAUCAUGUUGAGCUUCAACAGUUGAACAAGGAUCUUUAUGCCAAAAAGGCGGUCCAAUUACCCGCUCCAGUUAUAAAACAACAGCCUGCCCAGAAGAAACCUAAAAUAAAUAAAGACCAUCCCCCAAAACCAAAGACAAGCGCUUACAGCAUAUUUUGUGAAGAGAUGGCGAAGAACCUUCCGGAUAUUGGCGUGCUUAAGAUGGUGAGGCUCGGCGCGAUGUGGAAAGACAUGAGCCCUGAGGAAAAACAGCAAUACCAGGACAAAUGCGACCAGAAUAAGGAUGAGUACCAUGAUAAAGUAGCAGAGUACGCCAAAGAACAUCCAGAUGAUUCCAUCAUACAGCUCACGCUGGCGGAUCUCGAGUCGAAGAGGAAAGCUGAGAAGAGAAAGCAGUCAAAAGGGAAGUCCAAAAUUACCAGCACCAAUCAUGAUUUCCAUGGCGGCAAAGAUAAUAAUAAAUCUGGUGCCGAUGAUACAAUGAAUUCUACCAUCUCCCCAUCAAACUCACCGGCAAAAAGGACAUCAAGCGAUUCAGAGGUGCACAGUCCAAAAAAGAAGAAGAGACGGCAUGAGGAGAAGAAGUGGACGGGAGAGCGGAUGUUUAUCCAGAAUAAGUUGGAUGAUUAUCUCGUCUCGCAUCCCGAUCUGGACGAGGAGGAAGUGAAGAAAAGACUGGUGAAGAAGUACAAGAAGCUCAGCGAAAAGAAAGUGGCCAAGUAUGAGGCAUUAGCAGCAGAGCAGAAUGGCUGAUUAGCCAUGAAUGGAGCAGUGAAAAGUUCAGGUUACAAGUUUCCGAGGCAGCAGCAUUUUAAAAACAUGGACUCGCCAUUUUCAUUAAGAUUUUAUAAUAACAUCACAGACUUGUCAUUUCCAUUAGGUAUUUAUAGUGGUUGUGGAAUCAGUAUAUUUUGUUCACUUAGUGAUGGUAACAUCUAAGGCUAUCAUUUCACAUAUUCGAUUGGAGUGGAGUGUUUUUGUAACAUGGAUUUGGGCAAAAAAAAUAAUGGACAGAUCUCGUCACCAAGUAUUGAAAUCAUGGGUGAGAAGUCUGGGUCCGGCCACUCUAAAUGACAUAGUAAUGAUGAUUUGCAGCAACAACAGCAGCUACCGCACUAAAAACUUGUUAGGUUCAUAUGAAUGAUAAAAUGUUAACAAAUGAAACCAUUGAAACUUGAAUUAUUUUUAUACAGACGUGUUGUAGACAUGAUGUUCAAGAGGUCAGCAUUGAUGAUUUGUUAUGAUAGGAUGGUCUAAUAUAUUAUCCGUUUCAUGCGAUCUAUAAUAUCAUCCGUUUAGGGUGAUAAAGCAUAUAAAUCGAUUCAACUUGCUAGAAGUGUUCAUUAUAUUCUAGUCCAUGAAUAAAAAUCUGUAUGUACAAUUUUAAUAAACAUGUUUUGUUAAAGUUACAGAGGUGGGGAGUUUUUCAUGCAAAAUAAAAGGUUUUUAAAGCAUGCACAUGACAAUUGUCCAAGUAUAUAUUUUUUAGUAUAUCCUAAUUCAUUGAACAUUCUUUAUUUGCACUUUUAAAAAGGAAGAUCAGUAGCUAGUCUUGACAAUAUGUUAGCUGCCAUUCUUUAAUUCAAAUUAUUAAAUUAGAAAUAUUUUAAAGCAUAUUGUUUUGAACUCUUAUUGAUAAAAAUAAUAAAACCCUUUUUCUCAGGGAUUAUAUUAUGCAAUUCAGGAUUUACAGUGGUUGAAAUUAAAACAAGCCCGCAAGCCCAGACUUGCACAAAUUGUUAAAAAAAUUGAUGCAAUGUAAUAGUAUUAGAAUUCAGUGAUGUAUCAUCCAAAAUUCAAAUUUCGAUGACUGAAUUAAUACUGAAAACAGGAUUUGGUUCUUGUAACUUUCAAUUGUUAGAUUUUUGCUGCUUUAAAAACAGUAUGAAACACCUUGAAUACAAUUUCAAGGAAUCGUGUCCCCUUUACAAUGAUUUGGGCCUGAAUACUUGUACUUGAUUUAAAUGAUUAUGAUUCUUUAAGUCUAUUUAAAUGAUUAUGAUUCUUUAAGUCUAUUUUGAUCCCAGUGUUCUCUG